CGAUUUUCGCCUGGCAACCUUGCCUACUUCCAGCUGUCAGUUUCAUGUGUUGACUUUCGAAGAUUUCUUAGAAAAGAAAGUAACCUCGGUAAAGUCCAUCAAAAAUUUUUCACACCUGUUGAUCUUCCUUUCGGAGUAUUAUUUAACAAAUUCAUCAAGUUAUGGCAACAGGUUCGACAAGAAGGAUUUUGGUAGAAACUAAAAAUUUAUCCAAGGACCCACCUCCAGGAAUUAGUGCUAAUCCUGAUGAAAGCAACUGCAGGUAUUUCCACGUUGUUAUGGCUGGUCCAAGUGGAUCGCCUUACGAAGGUGGUUUGUUCAAAUUAGAGUUGUUCCUACCAGAGAACUAUCCCCUUUCUCCGCCUAAUGUACGUUUUCUGACAAAAAUCUACCACCCAAAUAUUGAUAAAUUAGGAAGAAUUUGUCUAGAUAUUCUCAAAGACCAGUGGUCUCCAGCACUACAAAUCAGGACAGUAUUAUUAUCUAUUCAAGCUCUUCUAAGUAGUCCAAAUCCGGAUGAUCCUUUAGCAAACGAUGUAGCCAAUAUGUGGAAAACUAGAGAACAAGAUGCUAUACUCAAAGCCAAAGAAUGGACUAGGUUAUAUGCAAUGGAAUGAGGUCCUGCAAUAUUCCACAGUCUUAUCUGAAAUUCCUGUGAACAACUGCAUUUCCCGAAAAAGACAUCGAUUUAUAAAACUUCAUCAUUUCAGAGUUUCUCAAUAAUUGGAGAAUUCCUGACGAAAUAAAGGUAGAGUUGUUUAAGAUUGCCUUUAUUUUAUUUAUGAAUUGUUUAAUGCAUGUUAUUAAAUAUGAUAUUUUUAUCAUGUGUCAUUCCUUGUGUUUCCUUUAGGAAGAUAUUCUCUUAAGCAUAAGUUUGUUUGAUUAAAUUCCAUUAAGGUAACAAGGAAAUAUGUGAUAGUAAGUGAUAAUUUUAAGAAUUGAUUUGUGGAGAGAAUUUAUGAAAGCUUAGGACCUUUUCAAUUAAAACUUUCCCAAUCAUAGAGUAUUUUAAUCAGGAAAAACACUGUCUCAUGUAUUUUUCGAAAAAAAAAAUUGAAGCAGCACUUGCAUGUAACUGGAAUCAAAGAAUUGCACUUAUGAAUAAUGACGAAUUGAUUGAAACAUGCUGUAUUUUUCAACAAGAAUCUCAUUCUCAUAUAGCUAUUGUUUUCUUCAAACAUUUGAAUUUCAGUGUUAAAUCAUUUUGUUACAGUGAAUCAUUUUUCAUUAAAUAUGUAUUUCUGAAAAAUAAUACAUAAUUAUUAUAAUCAGGUACUUAUGGUGAAAUUUGAUUUGUUGAUGAGAGGAUCUAUUGAAAAUUACAAUUUUUCAGUAAAUGUAAAAUUGCACUCUGUAAUUUUGUUGCUUUUUCUAUAUACGAAAGCUACCAGGUAGUUUACCUCAAUUACACGGCUGUUCAAGUGUUCUUUUUGUAGAAUCUUGAUGGUAUAGAUAAUUUUUGUAAAUAAACAUGUUCUUGAAAUGACAAUAAUUUAAAAAUUGUUCGAGAACUUUAAGUUGGUGCAUAUAUGUUUAUCCAAAAUAAAAAGUACUUUUGUUACUCUA